CACACACUCUGCCUCCCACAUACACACACACGCACUCUGUGCUGAGCGCUAGCAAGAGGCUUCACACACAGCUUCACACGAAAUCCAGACAAAGGGAGUGUAACCUGCAACGAUGGAGGAAAACAUGGAUGAAUCCCAGAGCCAGAAAGGCUGUAAGGAGUGCUGCGAGCGAUGCGUGGGCAGUCUGCCCUGGGCGUCGCUCAUCGCCACCAUCUUGCUCUACAUGGGCGUGGCCUUGUUUUGUGGGUGUGGCCACGAGGCUCUGAGCGGCACCGUCACCAUCCUGCAGAACUACUUCGAGGUGAUCCGAGCUCCCGGAGACGUGCUGGACGUCUUCACCAUCAUCGACAUCCUGAAGUACAUCAUCUACGGCCUCGCCGCCGGCUUCUUCGUGUUCGGAGUGCUGCUGCUGGUGGAGGGCUUCUUCACCACCGGCGCCAUCAGGGAUCUCUACGGAGAGUUCAAGAUCACCGCCUGCGGACGCUGCCUGACUGCUUUCCUCAUGGUUCUGGCCUACCUGUUCUUCCUGGUGUGGCUCGGCGUCACGGCGUUCACCAGCCUCCCGGUCUUCAUGUACUACAACGUCUGGUCCAUGUGUAAGAACGCCACCUCCGUGGAGGGAGCCAACCUCUGCCUGGACCUGCGCCAGUUCGGAGCAGUGACCAUCUCGGAGGAGAGGAAGGUGUGCAUGGGCUCUGAGAAGUUCCUGAACAUGUGCGACUCCAACGAGCUGGACCUGACCUUCCAUCUGUUCGUGUGUGCGCUGGCGGGAGCCGGAGCCGCCGUCAUCGCCAUGGUCCACUUCCUGAUGGCGCUGGCCGCUAACUGGGGCUACCUGAAGGACGCCAGCCGGAUGCAGAAGUACGAAGACAUAAAGUCGAAGGAGGAGCAGGAGCUGCAUGACAUCCACUCCACGCGCUCCAAAGAACGCCUCAAUGCCUACACAUAAACCCAGAGUCACCCGAAACAACACACACUUACCUGUCAGACACACACACACACACACACUCACACACACACAGCGGCUGAUACAAGCCUGAGGACAGCAUAAAUCCAUCAGACAGGAGAAAAACACAGAAAGAUAAGAUGAGAACUCCGACACCGUCAUCAUCCUCGUGUCUGCAGAUCAUUGGCUCCGGUGCUUCUGUUUGUCCUGAGCAGAACCUUUAACCUUUGACCUUGAACGAAUAAAAUCAGCCGAACCUUCUAAAGGUCCCAACGCUUAGCGGCCUGAACGGCAGAACAAAUUCUUACAGCACAAGACUUACAGAAACCAGCAAAACAAACCAGAACCUGCGACCCAAAGAGCCGGAGCGCAAAGUUUGUGCUGAAGCCGAGGAUCCCGGCAGACACGGGGAUGAGUCUGGUGUCUACGAGCUCCUCAGUAAAUACAAGCCCCCUUCCUUUAACCUGCAGCACCCACCCACACACACACACACACACACACACAGACAUGUAGAUGUGACUGAAUGGUCGGUGUUGUGCAGGCAGUGUCGUUCGGUGGUGUCAUGCCGUGUCGUGUCCUCUCACCACACUAUGAUGGCGGUGUUGCAGAGAAAAAGGUCCCUCAGUAAAUUUGUGCCUCCUGGGUGCAAAUGGGUUGCUUUGCCAACUUCCCCUCCCCAACCUGUUGCCCCCACCGUCCGGUUCCCCUGAAGUCCAGUUUCACUGGUUGCUCCUUAAAUUCUUGAACCUUCUAAUCGAAAACCAGCAAAAUGACGACGACAAAGGUCCAGAUCCAAAAUUGUUGCUUCAUUUAGUGAAACCAUUGAGCAAACGGCAAAUAAAAGGGUUUUAAAAACCUCCACUGAAGCUGGCGCCCCUCCCCGCCCCGUUUCCCCUGGACUGUAAAAACUCGUCGUUGUCUUUAGAGACAGCACAUCUUAGCAGCACAAAGUCUUUUUGUCCUGUUCUCAUCCGUCUGUUUUCCUCAUGAUUUUAUCACUUUUGGGGGAUUUUUGAUUAUUUAUGUGUAAUUUUAGCACUGAGGGUAUUUAAGUGGGAGGUCAGGGGUCAGCUGGGAAUAGGGUUUAUGUCACAUGUUCAUGUAAUGAGUCUGUAUUUCAGUGGUUCUGCACACACACACACACGCCCACACACACACACUCAGCUUCUUUCUGUUGUCACGGUUUCUUCUGUUCUCAACCAGCCCGAAUGUGACCAAAUGUCCUCAGUAAGUUAGAAAACCACCGAUACGAACAGUAAGCACGUCAGCUGGAGACGAUCCGAGGCCCAACCGGCAGUUUCUGCAGGAUCCCAGAACAUCCAGGGGGCGCUGCGGGGCGAUGAAACAGUGAAUAAGCUGCGUGUUCAGGAAUGAUUUGCUCUACUGCGGCUUUUUGUGGUUUUACAACUUCUUUGGUGUCUUACAUAAUCUCCUCAGGUGCUUCAGAGCUGGAGAGCUGUAAUCUGGAUGAUGUGGGACCAGCCGGCUGCUUCGCGAAGCUUCACAUAGAAUCAGAUGUUUGAGAUUUUGACUUUUAAAUCAACUUCUCGCAUUAAAUUUGUCCAGAGAGCCGCUCAGUCUCUGUGAGAUGCAGCGUUUUCAGCUCCUCAGACUAGAUAGAAGAAUUUGGUUUUGUGUUUUUGAGGCUGUUUCGGGUUCGUUUGCGUCGGGACGGUGAUGAGUCUCUGUCUGCCAGUAGAGAUGAGCCAGAUUGGUUUCUGAUUGGGCAAAUGCGCGACGAAACGAGCUGCAAGCACUAAAACGACUCCAAAACAAAAUAAGAAAUGAAACAGAAAAACUCUGCACACACAGGAAACAGAAGCAAAAGGUCAAAUGUUAUAAUUAGCAAAAACAGCAAGUAUAAAAGCCUAAAACUUGCUCUACUAAACGCUGGUCCUCCAGGCCACCAGGGGGAGUCUGAACAUGACGUAAAUCUGCUGUUCUGCAGUAUUAUAAAUACAUACAGGACAACACAGCUUUUCUUUACUCCUGCAACUUUCCGCUGUACAUCUGGUGUCUGGUUGCAGAUGAUCUGGUGGCCGGCUCCCUCUGGUGGCAUGGAGGACAAACGUUUAGUGAAACAAGUUCACAGCGUUUGUACUUCCUGCUGUUUUUGAUCGUCCCGGUAUUUUCCCGGUUUGGUUCUUGUUCCUGAAGUUGCUGCAUUUUGUUUUUUACUGUUUCGAUGUUUGAAUCUCUCGUCUGCACCUCGUUUCGAAGCUUGCUGCGAGUUUGCAUGCGGCCUUUGCAUUUUCAUUUUGUCUUCAGAAAGAGGAAGGUGACGACGUCAGUUUGAUUUGGUCAGACACACACACACACACACACCUACACACACACACCACCGUCACUCUGAGCCAUAGUUCUCUUUUACUUUUCACUGAUGACAUCUCACUAUUUUAUGAUCAACUUUGAAACUUUUUAAAUGUGAAGCUAUUUAAUUAGAAAGAUGUGAUUUUCUUAUUGUUUCUGUGCGUUUCGGUGCGAAGCGCCGCUCCUGCAUCAACUCUGUACAAAGAUAAACGUUUAUGUGAGACGGUGGAGGCCGGCGGCCGGGAGGUCCACUUCCUGUCGGCCCAGAGUCUGGAGGAGGCGGCCCAGUCCCAAUGUCCUGGGCCUCCGCUCUGCAGAAAGCUGCGCUCACACAGAACCGGGCCUGGCUCGGUCCGGUCCGGCUCAACCAUCUCAGGAUCACACAGACCAAAAAACAAAUAAAAAGCUUUCAGAGCAAAUUUGAUGUCCAUCAUUCUGAUCCAGGGAUCGUCGGCGACCCGGCCGGGCCGAGCCGGCGCCGGGCUCCGUGUUUGGGUCGGAACCGGAACCGGUGGUGUGGACGCAGCCGGAGUCGGACUCCUGCAGACUCGGCCCGGUCCAGGUGAACCUCGGCUGCAGCAGUCAGUAUUUUUAAGGGUCUAGUUUUACAGUAACAGUAUUUUAUCAUUUCAUUGCCUGACAAUGGAUGUCAGAUGGUCGAUGUUUUUAACCUCAGAUUAAAGAAAAAAUAGUUUUUGUGCACUUAUUGACCAUUGUGAGCUCUCUCUGUUUCUCUCUCUCUGUUUCUCUCUCUCUGUUUCUCUCUCUCUGUUUCUCUCUCUCUCGCCCCCCUCCCUCUCUCGCCCCCCUCCCUCUCUCGCCCCCCUCCCUCUCUCUCUCGAUGUGUAAGUGCAUUGCGCCCCCUGCGCCGGGGCCUGUGUAUAGUCUUGCAUUGGUUAUAACCUGAAGAAUUAAUGAUGAAACCGAAUGAAUUCAUAAUGAAGAUAAUCUUAUUCUACAUAAAAAAGACAGUGAAUCUAGUUGUUGUUUGUGGCAUGGUUAUGCAUUCAAUGGUCAUCAUUUUAAAGAUUAAAAUGAACAAAAAAAAGUUUCUUUUCCACUGGCGCUGUUCUGCUGUUUCCUGUUUUCUUUCCACUGCUCAGUGUGCAGUAUUGCUGUUCCUGUUGCUUAUGGUGUUGCUAAGCUCGCUUGCUUGCUCAGUUGUUUACCACCAGAGCAAUAUAUGGUAGCAGUUUGACUCAGCCGAGACGUGAACCAGAAACCCUUCCCUCCAACAUCCAACUGCAUGAAACUUUGAUUGCAAGUCUUAAGUGAUAUAAUUAUGGUGUUCUGUAUCGUUUCUCCUAAUAAAGCGGAUUUGCAGAUGUGGUGUGAUGUAUUGCUCUGGCCAUCCGUCAUCGUGCUUCCUCCCUGCUCACAUCCUCCUCCUCCUCUUCCUCAGCCUGCAGGCUGCGCUCACGCCCAGCUGAGACCCGCCUCAGAUCGGCUGCGUUUUCAUUGCAACGGCUGCAAAUCUGGUGCCGUGUGUACAGUUACACUGUAAAAAAUUAACAGCAAAAACUUGUUUUAUUUAGCCUGGCAUAGUGAAAAUGUGAAUGUUCGUUUUUUCAGCACUUAUAAAUUCCAAACUAAAUAUUUAAUUUUCACUCUACAUAUUUUAUUCUGACUUAAAUAUUUAGCUUGCUAACGAUUGAGUUAGCAACAAGCCCCGCCUACUUUGAAGUGGCUACUUACGCAGUGCCGGCCAUUUUACAUAAGAGCAGUGGAUUCAAUGCAUUAGAAUAGCAAACAGUUUUUUAUGAAGUGUGACGCUGUCAGAGUCCAAAAAACCAAAAACAAGCCAUCAGCCUCCUACCACUUCCUGUCCCCUUUUUGGUGUUUCUGCCAGUAGUAACAUCUGGGAUGUUGGCCACGUGACGCCUGUGACAUGAAAAAAGUGUUUUGAUCCCAACAGAAAAAGUUUCUGUAGAAAAAUGGAAGGUGUUAUUUUAAAAAUUGUGAAUUUAUUUUGGUAAUUUCAGUUUGCGCAGUUCUAUAGUUAAUGGAAACGCAGUUAGUGUUUCAGUCUGACGUGUUUCCUGUUUAAUUUGCUUCAGAUGAGUGAGCUGAGGUCGUCCAUCCCAUGUUGCCUAGCAACAGGAGGCCUUGUGCAACUGCUGAGGUCCAGAACCAAUCGGUCCAGAACCGAUUGGGUCGUUUGUUUCCAGGCUGAGGCUGUGAGCAGCGCGUCAUCCUCUCAUUUCCGUCUCCAUGUCCAGAUCUGAUCCUGUCCUGCUGAACAUGGACUCAUCAUUCCAGGAUCCUGACCUCAGGAUCCAAACCGACCAUGUCAGCAGAGAACAGCAGGAAUCAGAGUGAAACCUGAGCGGAUCCCACCGGGCAGAUCGGCUCGUCUCCAACCUGAGCAGAUCCCAGAUCCGCUCAGGUUGGACAUUCUGGACGUCAGAAGUCCUUCUUCCUGUUCUCCAUCACCUCCUGUCUGUUUCUGCAUCACUCUGCUUGCUUCUGGCUCGCUCCAUCCGGUCCGGUCCGGUCCAUUUCUGUACAUAUCUGUGCCAACAGCUCAGGCAGACAGCGGCUUUUUUAUUUGUAAAGACAUAAACUUGCUUGCAUAUAUAAAUAAAUUGAAUUCAGACACUUGUGUACUUGUUAAAAAGGGAAA